CAAAGUGUAGCAUUACUUAACGUUCGCGAUAUAAACACGCACCACCAACUUACCGAGUAUGAUAACCUCGUAAGUUUCCUUAUUCACAUGACUGUUAUUCUGUGCCGUGCUCAAAGUUAAUGUGGGCGAUAUCUGAAAGUUAGCUGACCAUGGGACCAAUCGUAAAACUAUUGUUUCUUUUUGGGUUGACCGCUGUACAAUCGAAUGUCUGCAAAUAUCGCUUUUGGAGAGGUAUAUCCUGCGAGGGAAUAUCUUCGUUGGAUCAGCUGAGGAAGGGAAUUCAGGAAUGCAUUGAGAAAGACAAAGUUGCAAUGGAGGAUUUCCUUGGAUUGGAGUUGACAAAGAGUGACAUUGGAUUUCUUGAGCCGAACACUUUUGACGGUUACGAGCAUUUAAAAUUUUUAAAGUUUCUUUCUAGCAACAUAACAAACAUACCUAAUGGAAGCUUUCAACAUUUACAAAACUUGAAAGAAUUCGGUAUUGGCUUUAGCACAGUAGACAAUAUUGAAGAUAAAGCGUUUGAACGCAUGUUCAAUGUGAAAAAGUUUCUAAUAUUCGAAACGGAGAUGUCACGCUUAUCCAAGGGCGCGUUUACUGACAUGCACGGAUUGGUUACACUCUACCUUUUCAAUAACAAGUUGGGAGAAAUUGAAGAAGGUGCCUUUAACAGCUCUCCAAAUCUGAUCGAGCUGCAUCUUUAUAGAAACAAGCUUACGAAAAUACCCAAAAAUCUGCUUGCCAGGUCAUUAUUGCUUGAAGCAGUUUACCUGAACGAAAACGCUUUGGUCGACUUAGACGAUGGCACCUUCAAAGGGUUAUCUAAGCUCAAAGCACUUCAUCUGGAGAGCAAUCGCUUGGUGACUCUGCCGCCACAAAUUUUCCUCGACCUAAGCUCAUUAACCGUGCUGCACCUGGAGAAUAACGCCAUAAAAGAUAUACCCAGUGGCUUGUUUGCAAAAUUAGAAAACCUCCAGCAUCUCUACCUUUCCACGAAUAAGCUUGGCAGCCUCCCAAGUGACAUUUUUAAACACACUACCAGAAUGGAGACCAUCGAUCUCUCGAAUAAUCAACUGAGAAACCUGGAUGGGAUAUUCACGGGGCUCGCGAAGCUUGACCGACUUGUUUUAGCCAGGAACGGGCUGUCAUCAAUUUCAGAUGGUACCUUCUCCGACUGUACCAAACUGUCCCAUCUCGAUUUUACAGAAAACGAAAUCGAGAGAAUUACACCUGGAAUGUUCGCAGGUCUUGGCGAACUGAAAAAAGUCGUGUUUCACACCAACAAGGUCAGUACAGUUGAGCCCGCCUCGUUCGAUGGUCUAAUUGAACUUGACACGUUGAGUCUCGAGAAAAAUAAGCUCAAGUCCCUUCCACUUGGAGUUUUCGACAAGAACGCGAAGUUGGAGUCGCUUUAUCUCGCUGCGAAUGAGAUCGACCAUCUAGAAAAAGGAUUUUUUGACAACUUGUCUAAUCUCGUACACUUAGAUUUAGACAGCAAUAAGAUUAAGCAUUUCGAACCUGGUACCUUCAAUGGCUUGAGGCAGCUCAAAUCCUUGUACUUCAGCAACAAUUACCUGAGUAGCAUAACGCCGAAAAUGUUUGAAGGGCUAAGUUCGCUGACAUACCUUCUCAUCUCAAAUAAUCCCAUUGGAAGCAUUGCCUGCGAGGCUCUUGAGGACUUACCAGCCUUGGAUUCAAUUAUGAUACAGAAUGUGAACGUAGAGGAGUUUCCUUCUGGAUGUUUUUCCAGCUUGAAGAACGCAGAGUAUUUGACCAUAAGCAAAUCCAAGCUGAAGCGGUUGAAUAAGGGGAUGUUCGUCGGUUUGGAAAAAGUUAAAGGACUCCACUUGUCGGAGAACCACAUCUACCAAAUAGAAGCAGGUACGUUUGAGGGAUUGGACGAAGUCACCGCCUUAUUUUUGCAUCAAAAUCAGCUCUCAGAGGUAAAAGGUGAGAUGUUCACCGGGCUGUUAAAAGUUAAUAUGUUCUCGUUGAGCGAUAACAAAAUCGCGUCAAUCGACCCAAGCAUAUUCAAGCUGUUUCCAAAUCUGCAGUUGCUAUACUUGGGGCAAAACAAGCUUCAAAAGCUUAAGGGCGACGAAUUUACAAACGCUCCCAAGCUGACCGCCUUAGACUUGGCUAUGAACGACAUCGAGACCUUGCCAACGGACAUCUUCAAGCCGCUAACUUCACUUUUGACGCUAAAUCUGGCCUUCAACAAACUGGGGACGCUACAAAAGGGUUCUAUACCCAUAAUACCGCAGUUGGAAUCCCUGAGGUUGGACGAAAACGGAGUUGGCGAUGUCAAAACGGGCACGUUCGACGGUUUUGGUUCGCUUCUGGAAUUGGAUUUGUCCAACAAUACCUUAAAGCACGUCAACGUGGAAAUGUUCCAGGGGCUUACGAAGAUGCACUCCCUUAACCUUGAGCAUAAUGAAAUAAGCGACUUGAGUCCGGACGUGUUCAACAAUCUACCGGCAUUGACACGUGUACGUUUGGAAGGCAACAAACUUGGUGCAGCUGUUAUGGACGCCAUCAAGAAGAAGUAUCCAGAACCAGAACCAAUAGUUAUAAGCUAGAAUCUGAUUUGUAAUCAUAAUUGGUUUUGUUUAUUUUGAAAUUAACUCUUUUUUUUCACUUAACAUAAAUUUUACGGUGAAAAUUUCUAUGCUUCUGGAAAUUGACUUCAAAAACUGAUUUUUUAAAUUGUUUCCUUGUAAAAUUAAACUCAAAGUGGUCAUGCGUCCAUGACUGAAAAAUCUAA